GUCAAAAUGAAAUUCUACCGUAUUUUUAUAUAUUUGUUCUCUUUUUGAGGGCAUAUUGAGCGCACAGUGUUGUGUUCAAGUUUUUCGCACAAUUAAAAUACAAUAACAAACCGCUAUCAGAGGUAAUUGUUAAAGGUAUACUUUGGUUAAUGAGAAGAAAAUAGAGAAUGGUACGUUUUCCGAUUUGCAACUACAAUGUUUAAAUUGGAAUCAUACAUAACUCCAGUGAUUCUAAGCUACGUUGAAAAAUAUGUUAAAAAUUUCAAACCGGAACAUGCACAGGUUUCGUUGUGGGGAGGAGAUGCAUCUUUUCAAAAUCUUGAUUUACGACUCGAGGUUUUGGAAGAGCAGCUUAAUCUGCCGUUUACUUUUGUUAGCGGCCACAUACAUGAAUUGCUCAUUCACGUUCCAUGGGUAUUUAUUACCUCGGAACCAAUCGUCGUGACAAUCAAUACCAUUGAAUGUGUUCUCAAGUUGAAAGAAGAAAAUCAGUCGGAAAAUAUAACAACUACAGCUCCGGCAAAACAAAUAGAAAUCCCACAAGAAGAAGGCCCCCAGAGAUAUAUCAAGAGUAUUAUAACAAAAGUCAUAAAUAACAUUACGAUAAAUUGCAAUAACUUAAUAUUAAAGUACGUCGAAGAUGACAUUGUUCUUAGUAUUAACGUCAGACUCUUAUCCAUGAAAACUGUUAAUAACAAAUGGGAGCCGACGUUCAUUGAUAUAAUCGCGUCCGAAAUGAAACUCCAGAAAACUAUAACGAUCCAAGAUCUAACGUUAUGCCUCGAUAAAAUGGACACGUCCGGUAAAAUCGAAGUUUAUCAGGACCCUGUACUGUACCGGUGUUCCAUGACGAUUCGUUUGAUCAUGAGUUACCUCAGCAGCAUGGCUAAACGAGCGUCGACGACGAGGUUCGACCUGCACUGCCAAAAAAUGGAGUUCAGCGUGACAGAGCAGCAAAUACCGAUGAUACUGCGAUUGGCUUCGCUCUUCACUUUACUGCAGUCGAGACAAUUUUCUAGUCCGAAGGAAAAACCCCGAGCGCCCAGCGAAGAAAACAGUUCGAUAUCCAUCGACGAGGUCGCUCAAGUGGCCAGUUCGACCGAAGACGUGGGCUGGGGCAUGUGGCUCUGGGACACAGUGGCAGCGGUGCUACCCGUGGAUUGGGACGGCGAGUGGUCGAACGAGCAACACCUCGCGUACUCGGGCCACGUGAUGCACUUUGGCUUCAACGUUGACGACGCCACCAUCACGUUCAAGACCGCCGAGAGCAUAGAGGAGCAGCUUUUCUACAAAUCUCGAAAAAUGAAGUACAAAUCGUUCCUGUCGCUACGCUUCUCCGAGGUGGUCUGCGAUGCCGUUCUACAAGGUAUCGAAAUGACCAAUUUCACCAUGGGCUUUGGCAGCGUCAAUCUAUACCCCCGCGGUACCUGCAGUUGCGGCUACUCAGAAGUCACGGAUGGAGUUCAGCCACCCUUGUACUUGGUUGCUGGCCAGAGAAAAGCGGAGUACUUGAAGGAUACCCUGUUCGACAACGAAGCCAUUGAGAACCAGGGGAAAAAGAGAACUUACAAGAAAGACGUCUCCUUACGACUUCUAUCGGUACCUGUUUCAGCGCUGCUUGAAAGGUGUCCGGCGUUUUGCAUGGAUUACAUUCAUUUCACGGCGAUACCGGAUGACAUCACUCCCGAAGCGAUAGCCGAGUUGGGUUCAAAUUACGAGUACAGCAACUUUCCCGAAGAGAGGCACGUUAGAUACAGUUUGGGCAACGUGACCCUGAGGCUGUGCUCGGGUCUGUUUCACCGCGUCGACAUGAUCAAGCGGGCAGCCGACAAGUACGACUACAGUCCAUACGUCACGCCAAAACCAGCUCCGUCGUACGACGAACUGCCGCCCGUGACGGUCGAGGAGUACGAGGCCUUGAGAGAAAACAUUCCCGUGGUUCACACGAGCGUGCACGUGAAAAAAGCUGCCGUCCAACUGCAACUGGCCGAUCAUCGGGAUCAAGCCAUCAGCAGUACCUCCAGUCCUCCUAGAUCGCAGAGUCACACCGAUAUUCUAUCGCCAACUGUGAUGGUGCCAGCCUUGUCGGACGACCCGUACUUAAACGUCGAGUGUGACGCGGUCGUCGUAAACUGGAGGCAGCCCCUGUACCCGUUCAGACUCAUAGCUUGCGCGUCGAAGCAGAGCGACAUCCCACCUGAAAUGCUGGACCAUUGUUACCGAGACAUCCAGGCUCAGUUCACAGGAGUCGCCAGCCAAGUUUACUUAAAGCCUAGCUGUCACACGUCGAUCAUCAUGCCCUGCAAUGUGGAGUACAAUUUACGUGUGCUGCUUUGUUCCUCGUACUGGAAAGACCCAAACAUCGUGCACAACUCGCACAGUUUGAAGAUGGAUUCAGUGACGGUGACCGGCACCAAGAGCAGAAUCCUGGUCGCUUGCUCGAUCGUCAACUCGCUCAUAUAUCCAGAGGACUCGAGUAAUUUGCUACUGUGCUCGUCGCUCUACGCCGACUCGUGCGAGGAAACAAAUCCCACUUAUAUCGAGCUCUGCUUGGAGAAUAUCGUCCACAGGUGCGAGAUGACGAUAGACGUCCUAUCGUGCCUGACGAACCUGAGCGCGGUCAAGGUCUUUGCUCACAACGAGGACAAGCAGGCGUUUAUUAUGUCUGGACCGGAAGUCGAGGCGGAUUCCAGCACUGCCGAGGGUCAAAUGUUAGCAACCGCUUCCCUUAAAUGUUCCAAAAACCCAGCGAAACAGAAGACGAGUCCAGCGAUCCUAUUGGUCCGCGUUUCUUCGAUGAAGGGUUGCGUGGACCCGCUUUUGUUGCAGUGGCUCAACUACCACGUCACGUUUUACAAGACGAACUCGGCUCACCAGGCCAAGACGGAGGUUGCGCGAGCGGCCAGCAACCACAACGCCGAGAGCGUCGUCUCGGACACAGCUGGGAAAAAAAGGACUUUCCCGAGUUUGCACGAAAGCGUGCACAGUUCGUCAGACAAGGAGAGAAAAAAGUCGGACGCCAAGGAGAGGCUCGACAAAAAAUUCCUGCACAAGGCCAACGAGCCCGAUCAGAUUUUGAUGAGAUUUAAAAAAAACAAACAUUUUCAGAAAACAAGCAUAUUUGAUAGAUUGAGCGAGUUGUAUCCUUGGUGGUCCGAAUUAGUAUUUAGUGGCUCCAUCGAUCACAUAAUCAUUUACGUGCCAACCACAACGAUAAGUUGUGUCGGGGCUGAAGGUAUCGAACACGCUAAGAAUCAGGCACUACAGGAUGAUGAGAACUUGCAAAUUUUGCUCAUCAAAUUUCCCACUGUGAACGUACAUUCCUCCAACAUUCAACCCAACCACUCGCUCAUCAAUUUCAACGAUUGGCCCGUGAAGUUACCUAAUAAUCUUUGGCUGAAACAGGCCCACGGGUUCCCUUGGAAACUUGAAAUCCUGAACUUUGAAUCUUACACUUUAAAAGGCGAUUCCAGGCAAAAUUUCGUGAAAAAAAUCUGCCUGAAAUCGACCCUCGAUUUAACUGUCAAGCACUCGAACACCGGCUCGUUAAAAAGUAAACCCUCUGCUCUGAGCUUGUGCCUAUACAUCGAUACGCCACCGAUCGUUGUAUCCGCUUCGGAGGAUCAGGUGGUAUUUUUAAACAACAUAUUCACCAACAUUGCGAGUGCAAUGCGUAAAAUCAGUCCCGACAAAAGUGACGAGACCAGCGUCAACUGCGCGAAAGAGGCCAAGGAUGUGACGUUGGCUCUGCCAAGAAGUUCGUCGAGUCCGACGCAGUUGCUGUACCCCGAGGACGCGGCGACGGCGACGACGUCGACUCUGUCAGCCAUGAAAGAGGGCACCGAAGCAGACGACAGCGGCGACGUGCACCUGACCGCGUGCAUCCAGUGGACGAUCACGAAAAUAACCGUGAAACUUUACGUCACCGACGAGGAACACAAGUACCCCAAAUUGAAACUAGUCCUCGAACUCGAGGACAUCAUAACGUCCGUCGACAUGCAAUCGGUGUACCUCAAAUUAAAGCACAAGAUUACGUCGGCUACGAUAUUUCACUACGCCAGAGACUCGCCUACUCAACCCUGGAACUUUGGCGAUUUCGUUGGACUUGUGCUCUGCGGCAGAGAGGAUAAUUACGAAAAGAACGAGGACUCGGGUUUUUUGAGUCUCACGCUGACGGUGGCCAAAUCGGGGAACGUUCACACGCGCUGGAGCGGUGGACACAAGUCUGGCAAAACGACCAGAAGAAUCGAUGCGAGGGCCGAAUCAUCGCUGCAGCCGAUAAAUCGGUACAUCGUCGAAGCUCUCGUGAAAAUGCAGAUGCUCGACAUUAUCGUUCCUCCCAGCGUUUUCGUCAAGUACGUACGACUGAUAGAGCCUUUUUUGAGCCAAAAAUCUCCCAAGCCCGACAACUCGACGACCUCCUCGAGAAUCAUUUCGCCGCCCUUCAUUGGCAUCGCGAACCUGAAGAACGAGGCGCUCCCGUUGAUUUACUUGGAAUUCAAAGGACUCCGCCUCAUGAUACCCGACGGAAGCGGCUCGGAGCCAGCUCAGGACUUCCAACACGAUCUACUCAUGUUAAGGCUGGAUGGGAUACGCGUAAGCCCACACGCGGAAAAUCCGAUAUGCAGGAUGCCCCUUAGGCCUGACAUUUAUCAAUUAGCUGCGCAGGCUAACAUACUGAAGGUGCCCGGUUCGGCGGUCGAGGAUCGCCAGUACCAGAUCAACAUAGACGGAAUAUGCGUGCACACGACCACUUGGCAAGAUUAUCAGCAGAGCAUUGUCAAAAGAAUGUCUCAGUCGUACUUGUACACGAUGAACGAAAAUCCAGCGGUCGAGUGGAACAAACUGGGAAACGGGGGCAGCUUGGAGCCCCAGUUCUCAACCCUGCCCGUCAUUUCAAGGUUUGAUUUCGGCUUGAUCAUCGCCCCGGCCAUCACGUUCAAGCCGGACACUCUGGUCUGCGCAAGUGCUAUGGAAAUCAACUGCCUGACGGAUCUAGAACUGUCGGUGAACUUUAACCAAGUCAAACUCAUGACGGCACUGUGCACUCAAUUCAAAAAUCUGCUGCCGAUUCACGAGCCUCGUGAAUAUGGAAAUCUCGACGUGCAAAAUCUACUUUCGUCAGGUGGCAACAGAAGCAAUCAAGUAGCCAAACAGAGUACGGUGGACUCUGAAGCCGAUUUCGCCAAAGACAGCGGGGUAGACUUUGAACUGUCGAGCAUCAAUUCGACGAAUCCCGAAAAGACCGUCGUUCAAGAAAAACCGGGUCACCAGCCGUUCGAGUUUCUGGUGAACUGCGGCAAAAUCACGUUCACCGUCUACGAAAUGAAGGACCCAUUGGAUUUCAAGGACGAAGAAGAAGGAGACAGCACCAGUAGUCGAAAACAGCCGCUGCUCUACGCGAUGAUCAACCAGCCGAACUUUUAUUUUUCUCAGCAGUACUGCGACCAAAAAAUACAGGUGUCCUUCUUCGACCUGGCUCUGCUCUUGGGGGAUGGAGCCGAUGGUUGUUCAGCCUCGUUGCCGGCAGAGUCGGAUUUCAAGAGCUGCCUCAUCGAGACCAGAAGCGGCGAACCUCACCCAGACACGGGCAUACCACCCUCCUUUCUCGUGAUGAAGUGCGAGAUGUUUGUCGGCAAGAACGCCCAGCUGAGCGUCAACAUGGGCAGGCCGACCAAAGUGCACGUCUCGCUCUGCCGCCUCAGGUCUCUGCUCCACGUCAGGGACAAGGUAAAAUUAAUGAGCGAAUCGAUUGUUGAAUACACCACCAACAACUUGAUCUCCACCAGCGCCGACGACGAUGGGAUUAGUAGCGUAGCCCCCUGCAGCCCCUGUCACGGCAGGUACAGCCUCCCGGCAGACGUGAGCUUAACCACCCGGCAGCUCGUUUUGUCGCUCGAGUGUGAGCCGGCGGGUUGCCUGAUGAGCGUGGCCUCGGUCUCGGGUGGCCUGAGCAGCGGAGCGCGCCCCGAGCGCGUCCACGGCCAACUGAGCUGGACGUCGCUCCUCGUGUCGAAUAGACUGGGCCAACGGAGGAUGCUACUGCUGAGCCCGUGUUGCGGCAGCUUAGGACUCGGGCUCGCCUGGGAGAGCUGGUGGCAGCAGGUAGGCGAGCGAGGUCCACGGGUCCAGCUCCAGCUCGAAUUGGACUGCCUGUACGUGGAUGUGGGACCUAGGCACGUUCUCGCGCUCACCCGCGUCCACGAGGACCCUGCGUCGGCUCCGUCUUCCAUCCCCACGGGCACGACCAGCGCCACCGCUAGCGAGUACGCCGCCUCGCACGAGCAACACUACAAGGACGACCUCAAGUCCGGGGCCUUCCAGUUCGUCGACGGCAGUAGCGCCGAGGAGCUGCCCUUUCCCUACCAGGUGGUCUUCUUCUCGUCACCGGCGGCCAUGGCCUGGCGGUACCCUCAUCCACGAGCGCUCACCAAGAUCCACGUAACCCCGGUGCCGUUCGAGGUACAUCACCAUAUAAUAAGGAUGGGUUGCGCCAUCGAGUAUUGGAGCGAGAGCCAACUGGCGUACCAGAGCUACGUCGAGUUCUACCUCUCGGAGACGGAGAGCUACCAGCUGGACCUCCCGGAGCGACCGCCCCUACAAUCGGCGGCGUGCGUCUGGCGAGCGAGGCUCCAGCAAUCCCAGUACCCCAGCCGGCUCUCGAGCAAGGCGCUGCUCGCCUGCCUGCGCGUCGACUCGUACUUCAGUCCCAGCGCCGUGCCCGAGCUCCAGGCCAGUCUCGGCAUCCGCGCGGCCCAGCUGAGACUGCACAACCAGCCGGAACUACCCAAAGAGCUGCCCCAGGGAAGCCCGCUCGAGGGUUACCAGCUUGGUGGGCUCCUCCCCGACAGCCAGUGCUUUGCCCUGCUCGAGCUACGGGCCGGCAGCCUCCUGCUCAGCCGCUGGUCCGGUGGUUGUUGUCUGGCACGCGCCUCCGGCAGCCUGGCGCUUCAUCUCCUCGACUACAGCUUCCUCGUGCUCCAACAACUCCUCGACGCGCUCGAGUUUAGGCUCCAGCUGUCGAUGCCCGGCCGGGAGGGCGUACCCGAGGUCUCGCUCCUGGCCUGCAGGGCCUUCUCCCUCAAGCUCAGUCCCUCGGUCUUCCACACGCUCGCGCUCUCCGCGCACCUCUGGACCGACGCGCUGUACCGUGACUCCGAUGCACCGGCGCCCCUCGUCCUCACCACCCGGUACGUCGUGGCCAACGACACCAACGUGGCCGUCCGCUUCGGGCAGUGCGCCACCGACGACAGCAUACUCCUCGAGAGCCGUCAGUGUUACUUUUACUCGUGGAGGCACGCCGGCGGCCAACUCCUGAGGGUGGCCGUCGAGGAGAACGGCUGGGUCUGGAGCCGGGGGUUCCCCGUGGCCGCGAACGGCACCUACGAGGCGGACUUUGCCUGCACCACCACCACCACCGGUAGCGCAGCUGUGGUCGUCCUCUCGGUACACGUGAGCUCGCUCUCGGCUUCGCAGAAGCUCGUGAGGUUCACGGGCCAGUUGAUGGUCGCCAAUCAUUUGGCCGACGGCCUCGAGAUGCGCCUGGUCAAGUACGACGCGGCGAGCAACAGCAGGUCGGCGGUGUCGCGCGACGUCGUCCACGUGCCGCCCAACGGCCGGCCGCCCUCCAUCGUCUACGCGGACAGCGCGAGCAUGGCCAUGCGCCUACGCUACUCCGGCAUGCCGAACCUGCCCUGGACGGGCGACGUGCCCCUGCAGCCCAACGUACGCUGGGGCCAGCCCUGGCUCGUCAAAGUGCCUCUGCAGGAGAAGGGACAGUUUGUCAGCGUGUGGGUGAGGAUCGUCAUGGAGCAGGUCAACGGGAGAAACAAAAUCUUGGCCAUCAUCAGUCCGCUGUACGUGAUAAGAUCUUACCUGCCGGUUCCGGCUAGGGUUAAAAUCGAGACCCCCUCGUUGAAGGUGUCGCUGAGCACUGUCAUCAACGGCCGCGGCGAGAGGCAGCAGCUCUACUGUCCAGGAACGUUCGAGCACUAUCACCAGCUGACUUUUCAAAUCGAAUCGGGAGUUUCCGCCUCGAAUCCCUACGUGCCGUUGUCGUACAGUUCGGUGGACCAAAGAAAGUUCUUCAAGAGACCGGAGAAGGAGAGCAUCCAGGCUAUUCUGGCCCAGCUCGAGUUGGCAAAGGAGGAGUCAAAGUGGCCCUUCCAGAGCGACCCUCUGACCCCAUGGACGGCCGCCGUCCAGCCUCAGACCCACGUUCAAGUAAAAUACGAGGAUGCCGGCUUCAUGUCUAGUACUCUACUACUCGAGCUGCAGCCCUGGUGUUUCAUACUCAACUCCCUGGGCACAUACAUCACCGUUGUGGCCCAGGAUACCGAGCUCUGCAGGAUACCCCACUACGGUAUCGUCGCGCCUCCGAAGCUAGAGAGCACCUUUCACGUCGGUGUCAACAUCGCCGGUUCAUUUUAUCUGUCUCCCGCUCUGCAGCUCGUCAAGUCAGACUGGAACCAGAGCUUUUACAUGCCUCGAAUAGAGGGUCUGAUACCCCUGGAGGGAAACAUCAAAAUUCGCGUCGACUGCAGUUCGAGCCUUUGCACAAUGAACAUUAGCUCUAGUGUACAUAAGGAUAUGCGCAUAGUCAAAAUCAGUAGUAACCAUGUCGUGGGAAACAUGACGGACCACAAACUGAGCGUAGUCGCGUUAGCUGUGCCAAAUUCAUCGGCCAACGCUUACCUGCCCAACGACCUAGACGCACAAAGCAUCGAAAUUUUGCCUUCCCCCGAUCAAAGGCGCGCGACUCCGAUCGUACAGUGGCACACACUAUUUGAAAAGAGCAGCGACGUCUUUGUUUUGUACGUCCUCGUGCGCCUUUUCGACUCCGACUGUUGGUCGUGUCCUGUUCGCGUGGACCAGAAUCCCAGCCGAAAGUGCAUCGCGCUCCCGGAUGGCCAAUCGACUGUGCCGCUCGUGGUUACGACCCAAGAAGACAAAAACACGGUGUACAUAACGAUUCACGCGGACAAACACCCGCAAUUUUUCAUUGAAAACGCGUGUUCGUUCGAUGUCGUCAUUGGCCAAGCAAACGAGGAGUCGGGUAACGCGCUUCCGGAGUCGCAACACUUUUCUUGGAAUUGUCAAAUCAGGAGCAGGAGCACCCAUCACUACUCGAUGCCCAUUUUCGGGAGUCAGUUGCCGGAUCUGGCCAACAAAAACAAUAGCAACAGCGAAUCCUUUUCCAUGCUGAUAUCUACCCUACCCGCCAGAGAGGAGUUUGUCGAUCGAGACAAUUUCGACGUCAGCUCGUUGCAAUGGUCCAAGGGCAUUAGUUUGACGGCAUCAGCGUCGGAGCAGUUUGUCAGACUGCCCCAUUACGGGGACGUGAAGCUCAUCAUGAAAAAGCAAUGUUACACGACCCACGUGCGGCUUGCUCCGAUUUCACAGAUCGAAAUAUCCGCUCAAGAAAUCAGGAGUAAAAUUCAAAGAAAGUGCAUCAUCGACGAGAGCAAAAACGAGUCGAUAGCCGACGACACUCAGGUCUACUUGGAGGACCCGAGAGUGACGUUAAAUUUGCAGAGUGGGAGCAGUUCAACGUCAACGAUGACAUUUUUCUCGGCCCAGGACGAGGCUCUGGAGGGAGAAGUGCCGAUUUCUCCGAGGCACCAGUCGACCGGUGCGCCACUGGCUCCGGCCAAGAAGAUCGGCUCGAUCGACGCGACACGAAGGAAGAAGAGGUGGAAAAACGGCUCGAUCACGGUGCACGUGCUGGGCUUUUCGAUAAUCUUGAUGAAGGACAUCAAUGACAACGCCCAGAGAAUAGAGAUCGCGAAUCUGUCGGUGACAGACGCCAUCUUCAUGCUGGACCACCGGGAAAACCACUCGAACCUUGGCGUAUACGUUGGCGACCUCCAGCUGGACAAUCAAAUGUUCGAGCAGGGGGGCUUCGACUUCCCGGUCGUGCUGAUCGGCCAGAAGCCGUACGCGAAGCGCGACUCCGCCAUCUGUUUGACCAACAACCUCAAGAGCAGCGCCAAGAGCAUCGUCGAGAACUCGCUCAUGGGGAUCGACGUGGCGUGGGAGAACGGCCACGACGUUAGAGCGUGCAAGGUCGUCGCGGUCAAGAUAGCGCCGAUAAGCGCGUACGUCGAAGGAGGCUUCAUUACUCUGCUCAUCGAUUACUCGACGAUGAUAUUGCCGCCCUGUUUUGUACACACAGCAACGUCGAGCAAUAAUACGCUCGGAUUGUCCAUGGCGAUGGAGAACUACGUGCCCAUGCCCGACUGCGUGCUCUUUGACGCCAGAAUACUGAGCCAGCCCUUGAGGAUCGAGAGCCUCGUGAUCGAGCCGCUGUCGAUACUGCUGAGCGUGCACAGCACCAUACACUUUUACGUGGCCUUUGACCACUCGCCUCUCUUCUUCGACGCGUUCGAUCGGAAAAACCUCAUAACGACGCCCUACAGACUCGGCAAUGCGCUCGCCAUGCAUUACCUGUCUGGUGCGAUUUUCGGCGUCGGCUGGGUCGUUGGCUCUUUGGAAAUCCUGGGCUCUCCUGGAGGCCUUGCGCAGGCGUUGGGCACUGGACUCAAGGAUUUUAUCUCCAUGCCGUUCCAAGGACUCUUGCAGGGACCUUGGGGCUUUAUCGUGGGUAUAACGCAUGGCUCAGCGAGCCUCGUCAAGCACAUCACAGCUGGUACUGUGAACUCGGUGACGAGGCUUGCGUCGAGCGUGGCCCGAAAUUUAGACCGAUUGACUCUGGACGACGAGCACUUGCAGCGCCAGGAGGAGUUCAGAAGGAUGCGCCCUCAAGGCGUGGCACAGGGCCUCUAUCACGGCCUCACCGGCUUUGGGAUGAGUCUACUAGCUGCGGUGGCCGGGCUCGCGCACCAUCCCCUGCAACAAGUUUGGUCGGGUGAAGCUUCGACGAGGGGGCUCGUCACCGGAGUUGGACGUGGAUUGGUCGGCGUCGUCACAAAGCCCCUCAGUGGCGCUGCCGAGCUGGUUGCUUUGACGGGCCAAGGCUUGCUUCAGGGCACCGGUUGGAUAUCCUUGCCUUCGCCCCGGCAGAGGCCAGUCGUACAGUACUCGUACGGGUUGAGCGCCACCUCCCUGAGGUACGCUUGGAGGCUGCUGCCCUUACUGGCAAAGAACGACGAUGUCAUCCUUCACGUUGCGAACGCGGACCAGGUCAUGCUUCAGGGCAGCAACAAAGCGGUCAGUCUGGUUCUCACAAAGCAGGCGCUGUUGAUAGUAAAUAUUGCCGAGGACAGUGUCGAGAAGAUACUUCCGCUCAAGGACCUGAUCGCGGUCGACAAUCCGUCCGAGUCGACGGUGUUCCGAUUGCACUGUUCGAGCACCUCGACCAGUCAGCAGUUGAGUAAAGCUGCUACUGACGAGCAGUUUGCGCCUCACAUGGACCGAGAAAUGAGGGCUAGGGUGGCUGAAUUCUUGCGGACGAGUAGUACCGGCAUCACCAGCGUGUCAACAAACAGCGAUGCAGGAUCUGAAAUCGACGAUCCAAUUGUUGUACCCGAGACGAAAAACAACAUGACCUUUUAUAUAAAUUCGGACUCUCGUGGUUACCUCUUGUCAAUUUUUAAUGUGGCCAAAAGCCAAAAUCAGGGCAAUGGUUUUUCAGUGAUAUAG